ACCAUGGAUCUCUUUGGGGACCUGCGGCGAAUGAACAAGCGCCAGCUCUAUUACCAGGUCUUAAAUUUUGCCAUGAUUGUGUCCUCGGCUCUCAUGAUCUGGAAGGGCCUCAUCGUGAUCACGGGGAGCGAGAGCCCCAUUGUUGUCGUGCUGAGUGGCAGUAUGGAACCUGCUUUUCACAGGGGAGACCUCUUGUUCUUAACAAACUUCCGAGAUGACCCCAUCAGAGCCGGAGAAAUCGUUGUUUUUAAAGUGGAAGGCAGAGACAUCCCGAUCGUGCACAGAGUAAUCAAGGUUCACGAAAAAGAAAACGGCAACAUCAAAUUUCUGACCAAGGGCGACAAUAAUGAAGUUGAUGAUAGAGGCUUGUACAAAGAAGGCCAGAACUGGCUCGAAAAGAAAGACGUUGUAGGAAGAGCGCGAGGGUUUUUGCCUUACGUUGGAAUGGUUACCAUAAUCAUGAAUGACUAUCCAAAAUUCAAGUAUGCUCUCCUGGCUGUAAUGGGCGCAUAUGUACUACUGAAAAGAGAAUCAUAAAAGAACACGGAAUUGCCUUGCACGACCCGGAACACGGAUCUACAAAGAUAUACUAAUAUAUUUGAAAUGUCUCAGUUUCUGUAUAUAAUACUCUGUGGUGUGCAAAUGGUAUUGUCUUGUCAGAAUGAAUUGUCCUGUUCAUGCCGCCGUC